AGCAUCCACCCGGCCCUGGAGAACCUCUGGAAUAAGGGAAUCCCACUCCUGGUGGAGCACCUGGAAGAGAACACGGAGAAGUCCCUUUCCCAGCAGGAAUGGGAGGAGAAGCUGCUGCAGUUUUUGCAGGACAGCCUGGCGGCCGUGCCGGACGACGCCUGGAGCUGCCCCUUGGUGAGGGAGAUGUGCCGCCAGCUGAGCAGCUACAACGGAUCCCACCUGGAAAAGAAUUUCCUGUAUAAAUGCAUUGGGAUGACGCUGGGAGCUUGUUCCAGCAAGGAGCUGGUGCAGAAGCAGCUCCAGGAGCUCCUGGAGACGGCCAAGUACCAGGAGGAGGCCGAGAGGGAGGGACUCGCUUCCUGCUUCGGGAUCUGCUCCAUGAAUCACCUGGAGGAGACCUUGGCCAAGCUGGAGGAUUUUGUGAGGUCUGAUGUGUUCAAGAAAUCCGUGGGGCUCUUCAGCAUCUUCAAGGACCGCAGCGACACGGAGGUGGAGAAGAUCAAGAGCACCCUCAUCCUCUGCUACGGGCACGUGGCCGUGGCCGCGCCCCGCGACCUCAUCCUGCCCCGCAUCGAGCCCGACAUCCUCAGGAACAUCUUCCAGUACUUCCACACCAAGGUUCUGGGGAUGAAAGUAGAGACCAAGGUACAGAGUGAGUGAGAGGCGCUUGGCUCUGCUCCGCUC